AUGCCGCGCAGAUGGGCGCAAGAAGCUCCGCCGCUGGCGGCGGGCUGGGACGAGGCGGGAGCUGCCCCUGCGCCGCCCCUGGAAGAAGUCUACAGCGCGGCGCCAAAAUCGAGGAAGGAAAAAAUCAGCGCUGGAAGCAGCGCCAGCGGAAGCGGAUUCGGAAGCGGAAGCGGAAGCGGAGGCGGAAGCGGCAGCGCGGGGGGAGGCAGUUGGGGCAGUGCCAGGGGCGCCGGGAUAGGCGUGGCGACCGGCGUUGCUGCUACUACGGACGCUGGCGGAGGCAUUGCCGGCGGCAGCAGCAGCAACAGUACUUGUGGUCCCGGUGGUGGUGGCAGUGUGCGUCGUUUGCGACAUUCGCAUAGUUACAACACCGAACGGAGUGCUGGCGCGGAUCCUCCCGAGCUACAGACCCUGUCGCGGCUACAGUCGCUGUCGCGGUUACAAUCGCUGUCGCGCCAGCAGCCGCUGCAGCAGCCUGCGCUACAGCCGCGUCAGCCUUUACAGUCGCUACAGCAGCAGCGGCAGUCGCUGCUACAGCCUCCGCCGCUGCAGCCGCCGUCUCGUAUGCAGUCGCUGCCGUCGCGGUGGUUUGGGAAAAUAGACGAGAGCAGGGAGAUGUUCGAGGAGUGGGAAAGCGCGGAGGGGGAGGAGGGGGAGGCGGAGCAGGGAGAGGGGAGCGGGGCGGCGGAUGGAAUGGAUUUCUAUAGAAGCAGUAGCGAACGGACGAAUAGGGUAACCAGUGUUAUUGCUGUCGCAAAAAGCAGUUCAGUGCAGGUUUCGAACAGGCAGGACGGGUGGAGUGGGGAAGGGCAAGCCAGGGGACGGCAGCAACCGCAGCAGCAGCAGCAGCAGGGACGGCGGCGGCGGCGGCAGAAGCAUGGGCAGGUUCGGCUCUCAGGUGCAGAUCAGGAAGAUUAUAAUGGGUUGCACCAAGACGAGGAUGCUUAUGACGGGUAUAGCUUUGGUGGGAGCGCAAGAGGCUCGUCUGGGCGGUUUCACCGGUCGCGCAGCAGCGGGAGCCUGGCGGAAACGGGGUCCGCGGAAGGGUAUUGGGGGAGAAAGGGGAAGGGGAAAGGGGAGGGGGAGGAGGAUGGGGAGGAGGAGGGGGCUGGGGAAUUGAUAAGGGAGAUGGGGGUAGUGUGGAGAAGGGAGGCGGGUGGGCGCGAAAGGGGAGUGGAAGGAAGAGGAGGAGACGACGAAAGGGCGACAGGCGAAGUGGAGAGGGAAGAGGAAGCGCAGAGAGAGGAGGUGCGGGAGGAGGAAGGAGGGGAGGAGGACGAGGAGGAGGAGGCGGAGGAGGAGGAGUUUGGAGAGGAGGAGGAGAUGAGUGAGGAGGAGGAGGGGGAGAGCGAGAGAGAGGAGGGGCAGCAAGUGUUGUUUUUCAAUGACACGGACAGCAGCGUGGAUGGCGGCGACCGCCAUAGCUAUGGGCAUGCGGAUGGGGAUAAUAUCAAGUGUGGGGGUGCGGAUGGUAAUGUGGGUGGUGGCCUUGCCCGGGGGAGUGGCGGGAGGAAGAGGCGCGAGAGGAGGCGCAGGGGCGGUGGCGGGAGAGGGGAGAGUGGGAGCAGGAGCAGCAUCGGGGGGGGCAUGGGGGGGAGUAUGGGGGGAAGCAUGGGGGGAAGCAUGGGGGGAAGCAGCGUCGGAGGAAGUUUCAGGGGAAGCAUUGUAGAGAGCAUUGGUGGGAGUUUGGGCGGAGGAAGUAGAGGGGGAAGCAUGGGCGGGUGUGGAAGCGCGGAGGAGGAGGAGGGCUCCUUAGACUACCCCCUGUCCCCUCGCUCCCUCUCCGGACGGUUCCUGGGUAUUGUGAUAGAGGAGGCUGCUGAGGGGGAGGGCGAGGGGGAGGGCGAGGGGGAGGGCGAGGGGGAGGAGAGGGAGGGGGAGGGGCAAGGGGAAGGCGAGGAGGAUGGAAGAGAAGAGGGUUACGCGGGCCGCAGCGGCCUGUUUCAGCUGCAGCAGGAGCAGCAGCAGGAGCAGCAGCAGGCACAGAAGCAGCAGCAGCAGGGGUUGUUGAGUCGGCCACGCACCGGUGGGUCGAUGAGAAGUGAGCGGCGCAGUUUCGACCGGUUCCAGGAGGAGAUGUUCCAGUCGCACCGCUCCCAAGGCUCUCUCUCCCACGCCUCGCUCUCCCACCUCUCCGAGCCUACUCCCUCUGAACUGUCCGAUGUGGAGGCUGCUGCUGCCGCUGCUGCACGGCCGUGGGCUGAAGGGCCUUACUCCGGUGGUUCACAUGCGGAUAGAAUGGAGAUUUCGGAGGGAAUGGAGGGAAUGGAGGGAGAGGCGUUUUCACGGGAGGGGGAAGUGUUUGCCCGGGAGACAGAGGACAGGGCGAGGCUGCGGCGGCCUUGGGCAAGCAGUGAGGAGCACUAUAGCGGGGAUGGGAGGGACGGGGAUGGGAGGGGCGGGGAUGGGAGGGGCGGCGUACGACGCCAUAGCGAAGGGGGCAGGGGGACAGGUAGCGGGGGAGAGAGGGGGUGGAAGGAUGGACGAUGGAGUGAGAGUAGUGAGGCAGAGGCAGAGGCAGUGCGGCUUGGAUGUGUGAAUCGUGGAGACGCGUAUCUGAGCCCAGGUGGAGGUGGCGGAGAGUAUCUGAGCCCAGGUGGAGACGGCGGGGGUGCCAGUCUUGAAGAUGAGUACUUGCCGCUCAAGAAAGGGCCGGGGUGGUCGCCGCUUCAGCAGCAGACGCAUCAGCAUGAGCAUGAGCAUGAGCAGCGGCAGUGGCUGGGUGAGGGAGCUGAGAUGGUGGGAGACGCAGCAGAGGAGAUGCGUAGGCCGCGUGGGCAGAGCUUGGUGCUGGGAGGAGAGGGUUUAGGGGAGCAGUGGGGCCGGGGAAGCGGAGAUGAGCAACGGGUGUACAGGCAGAGAGAUGACGGUAGAGGGGGAGGAGAGGAUGAAGGAGAGGUUGAGGAUGGGAGUGAAGGUGGAUCCCUUGCGGUGGCAGCAUACGAGUCCACUAGCGGACGCUCCUUGCCGUCCGAUGCGCCGUGUGUGCCGCCCGAUGUGUCGUGCGACGCGGUGCAGAUUCCCAACGAGAUGCGCAUUGGGGAUGAGCUGGCCAUCCGAUUCACUCUCACCAACAACUCCCCCCUCCCGCUGCAAGGCGGGGUGGAGGUGGUGGCAGCAGGGGAGUCUUCACUUCCCAAUCUCUCCUGUUCCUCCCAUUUUUCUCUCUCACACUCUCUCUUCCUCCCCUCCCCUCCCAGGCUGCAAGGCGGGGUGGAGGUGGUGGCAGCAGGGGAGUCUUCUCUUCCCAAUCUCUCCUGUUCCUCCCAUUUUUCUCUCUCACACUCUCUCUUCCUCCCCUCCCCUCCCAGGCUGCAAGGCGGGGUGGAGGUGGUGGCAGCAGGGGAGUCUUCUCUUCCCAAUCUCUCCUGUUCCUCCCAUUUUUCUCUCUCACACUCUCUCUUCCUCCCCUCCCCUCCCAGGCUGCAAGGCGGGGUGGAGGUGGUGGCAGCAGGGGAGCUGCAAGGAGAGGUGGAGGUGGUGGCAGCAGUGGAGUGGGCGAGUGAGACUGACAGCGAGAGGGACAACGCCAGAGGGGCUCUCACAUCCGGCUCACUAAAGAGGGGAGGCGAGAGGUCCGCAGGCAGGAGGCAGCGGCGGGAGAAGCGCCUGCAAGGCGAGGUGGAGGUGGUGGCAGCAGUGGAGUGGGCAAGCGAGAGUGACAGUGAGAGGGACAGCGCGCGAGGGGCUCUCACGCCCGGCUCGCUCAAGCGGGGGGGCGAGAGGUCAGCAGGCAGGAGGCAGCGGCGGGAGAAGCGGGAGUUCCUGCCGCCCCUCGCCGCCCACGAGAGCGUGACCAUCGACGUCCAGCUGGCGCUUGACGAUUCGUCGCUGCCGGCGCCCUUCUCCCUCGCGUCGGUGUCGGCCGAGCUCGUGGCAAACGGACAGCGCUCUCACAAGCGGCGCAAGCAGGUGCGGCUGGUGCCAGGGUACAUGCCGACCACGGCUAGCGCAGGAAGCCCCACGGGGCAAUGGGUAAUGAGUGCCGCGGGGGGCGUGGGGCAGCAGCAGUGGGCGGAGGUGCUGUUGCUGACAGAUGAGCGCUUCACCUCAACGCAAUAUGGCGCGUGGCGCUCCAUCUGUUGCCUGCUCGGGCUGCAGCACGCGGUGUGGGACAUUCGGUUGCAGAAAGGUCUGCUCGCACCCGACGCCACAACACCCACCGCAGCAGCAGCAGCAGCAGCAGCAGCAGCAGCAGCGGCGGCGGCAACGCCAGCAGGAGGGAGGGCGAGCCCCAACGCGCCCAGCACAUCAAACCCCAAAUCGCCGCGUAUUUCUGCCACCAGUACCGGCACCGGCACUGGCGGCGACAACAACCCUCCCGGGUGGCUAUCCCGACACGCCCUCGUCGUCCUGCCCCACGCCCCCCCCACCUCCAAGCUCCCCCCCCUUCUGCUGCGCGUGCUGCCCCAGAUGGUCGCAACCAGGGGAGGCGUGUAUGGGGCCGAAACCGUGGGUGUGCUUAUAGGGGGGGUCUCUGCCGCCCAGCUGGCAAACCACAUGCUGGAGCUGGCACAGACUCACCUGAAGGAGUUGACCCCAGGUGGAGGAGGAGGGGGGGUGGCGGGUGGGGGGGUGAUGUCGUGCUUUCUGCCGUUUGGGCAGAGGAGUCCGAGAGGGGGCGGUGGGAGCGGCGGCGGCAGUGGGAAUGGUGUGGCGCUAGCUGCCACUGCACAGGCUCAGAAGCUCAGGGCUGAUCUGCGAAGCGAGUUUCCCGAGUAUCGACACUUUGUGGAGAUCCAUCUGCCCUCGGACCAGCAACAGCAGCAGCAGCAGCAGCUGCAACCACAGACGCAGACCCAAAAGAAACAGCAGAAGCAGCAGAAGAAGCAUCAGAAGGAGCAGCAGGAGAAGCAGGGGGAAGGGGGGGGCAGCAUGGCUCGAGUGCGCGUCGCCCGGGGCCACCUGCCUUCUCUCUUCCGCCUGCACGCCCUCCCCCUCGCCGCUGACAUCACUCUGCCGCCCACUUCCGAUACCCUCGCCGCCCCCCUGCCGACCACUGCCCAGCCCAUCACCUCCCACUCCCUCCCCUCCUUUCCCUCCUCCUCCCCCCCUAGCCUCACCCAGCUUCCCCGCUUCUCCGUGUCUUCCGAGCCUCCGGAACUCAGCCUGCCAUGGCAGUCGCAACAGCACCAGGUGCAGCAGCUGCCAAUGGGGACACAGCAGGCGGGCUUUAACCAGGUGCAAUCCUCGGGCCCCCGGUUGUCCUCUGACUCCUCGUGUGCGUCAGGCCCUGUUUUCCAGCACUCGCAGCCUUGGCAGCAUGAACCAGAGCUGCUGCAGCAGCAUCAGCAGAUGCAGCAGCAGCAGUACCAGCAGCAGCAGAGGAUGCAACAGCAGCAGAUGCAGUCCCAGCAGCAGCAGCACAUGCAAUCCGCAGCUGCACCCGCCCAGGCCCACCCGUCCGCAUCCUCUGUGUGGAUACCAGGCAGCUAUGACGAGUCAGAGGCCUCGGACUCCCAGUACCAGCUCCGCACCACCAACUCUCUCCCGCACCAUCCCCGUGCCUGGCCUGCCGACCCUGGGCACUCUGGUUCGGGAGGCAGCAGCGGGGACAGCUUUUGGGGCAGCGGAGGCAGGGGACUCGAUUCUGCGGCUGCCGCUGACGCUGCCCCUGCUCCUGCUGCUGCUGUUGGUGGUGGUGGUUAUGGUGGUGAUGGCGGAAGGGGUGGUGGGGGCGGAGGGGGAGGGCAGGCGGGGCAGGCAAGAGGGCGGGUGAAGGGGAAGAAGGUGCUGAGUGGGCCGUUGCUGUCACGAGGCAGGAGGCACGGCAACAGACGUGCCUGGAUGGGCCGGGCCGGUGGCAUGGGCGGGGAUGCAGGGGGUGGGGGAGGGGGAGGAGGGGGGGGAGGGGGAGGAGGUGGGAGUGGGGGAGGGGGAGGUCAAGCAUGGGGCGAUGGGGGAAUGGAGGGAGAAGAGGGCUCUGGCUUCGGCAAGGUCCCGAGGCUGAUUCCGCUGGGCGGCGAAGACUCGGUGUAUGGCGCGAGUGUGAUGGGGGUGCUGGCAGCGCUGCCAAUGCAGGUGAAGGUGGAUGUGGUGUUCAGAGUGGUGCAGUGGGGUUCCAGCCACUUUGACCUGCCUACUUUUGAAGGUUUUGUGGGGACGAAACCCAAGCGCCUCCCUCUGCUGCUGCUGGUUUCCUUGGCUAUUUAUGAAGAUUUGGUUCUGGAUUGUCGCAGCGGGUGGCGGGACAUGCCGCACUGUGCCGCCCUGCUGCAGGUGAUAGAGAGGAGGGAGCGGGCGGCAGCGCCUGUCUGGGACUGGCCGCCCACUCAGCCAUGCGUGGAUGCUCUGAUGGCGCCUCUCAUGCUGCUGCACACCAAUCAGAUGCUGCCACGUGUCACCGGCUCCUCCCUUCUCUCCUCCGCCUCGUCCUCCUCCUCCUCCUCCUCCUCUACCUCAUCCACCACUCUCACACCCGAGCAGCAAACAGCAGUCUCACAGUACGUCGCACGGGCGGCAAAGCUGUUUGGCGCUGAUGUGGCACCCGCUGAUGUGGCGAUGCCAGACGGGCGCCAGCUGGCGGGGAUCCGGCAGCAGCUGGAGGAGGCGCGGGCGGUGCUGCAGCCCCAUUGGUGGGAGGAGCACUGGGCGGCAGAGGAGGAGGUGGGGGUUGUGGUGGUGGAUGGGGAGGAGGACGAGGAGGAGGCGUGA